CAGGAAGAUAUGCAGCUAAGCUUGCUUCGGAGCUGUUCAAUUUCCUGAAAGGCUAUUGCUGCAAUCUCAGGUAGUAGUAGUGGAGGCAAAGGGUGGAGUGGAUGGACAUCACUGAGGCUGCUGGAUGGUGAUGAUGUGAGGUGCAGUGCCGUUCAAGUCGAGCGCAGGGACAAGCAAACUACACUGUACAGGUACCUGGGACUGGCACUGGCACUGGCAUUGUAUCUCAGGCUGGUACCUGCCCAGCUCCAAGUUUGUGCCUGCCGCUACCACCACGCAGCCAUACUACAGGUAUCCGACGACAAGUUGAAGUUGAAGCUGAGGGCCACGCAAGACCGGAUCCUCUUCGAGUCGGACUCACCUCAUGUGCCUCCACUACAUUGGCCAUGGCCCAUGGCUGUGACUUGCGAGCCUCAUUCUUCUGUUUUGGGAUGAGCUUGGGAGGAACGUGCUGACUUCUAUCGCUUCGAUGUUUCGGGUGAUUUUUGUGAACGGAACCCGGCCUGAUCUCUUCUGUAUGGAGGCUCGGAGAUUACACCUGCGCCUCAGUGGCUGCUCUGUAUCAUGCUGUCAGUCGACUAUAAGCAAUUGUCACUCAUGGCAGUGCUGCCACAAGAGACAUCCAAAGGUCCUUUUUUGUCAUCAGAAACCACAGAUGCCACAGAUGCCCUCCGCUGCCCAAGAAAAACGGGUUUACACAGCGUUGCUAGUGGACAAUGGCGCUGUCGAUGUUUGCUUGUGGAUCCUGGUCUGGCCAGCGCCAACUUGCAGCUCAACUGCUGACCUUCAUUGGCAGUUUUGGCCAUCAUUUUCACGCCGUCUCACCAAUAACAGUCAGUCUCGUGGUUAUCUGCGCCGUCCUGGAUGACAGCCGGCGAAAACAUAGGCUGCAGGCUACAAAUCAUGAGAGCCUGAAGGCCAGGGCUCCGGUUCCUACGCCGAAGCCCAGCUAUUAUUCGACCCUGGCUCGCGGCGACGAUCAGCCUUGACAGGCGACCAGUCAGGCUGGGGUCUUCGCCCUUGCCACAACCCGCCACGUACAGUGUGGUAUAUGGAUCGGCUCGAAGGCUCAAAAUGAGGCUGUAGACUACAUCUUAUAAAAAUGGAUGGCAGGUCAUGGAGACGGAAAUGAUCAUCCUCUUCGCGGCAUGAAACAUAACCGCUGAGUUUACCGAUCCACAAGGAAACACUGCUGUUCCACAAUGCUUGCCGGUCAUCAUUGUCAUAGCCGAUUGUGCUUCCUUGUGCAGCGGUAACAGACAUAGUCCGCCGGAGGUGAUCCAGGCUAAUCAGCCAGGGCUACCAUGGUUCCGAUGCAUAUUUGAUGCUGAUCUGCUAUGGGCAAGACGGGGAGAGAUGGAAAAAUGGGAACAUGGGAGCACAGCUGAAACCCUGUCCGGGUCUGUGUCUCCAGGGGCACGCGCAGUACAGUCUUCUUGGAGCAAUAUUGCCACUCGAUGGAGUUGCAAUCUCGCAGUUAAUUCUACCUCAAAAGGCUACAGGCAGAUCAUGCGGAAGUAUGUCCACGCCAGGUUGAGCAGCUUGCGCAGUUGGAGCGCCCAUUGUUCAACUUGGUGUUAUCACUUCCUUGGUGCCUUUCUUCCAGAAGGAAGCUUACUUCGAACAUUCGCAUGCCAUCUUCGGGCCCAAUGGAGGCCUUGGACAUCGCUAUGACGACGGAUCGCACUUGUCAUAUUCUACAACUGGGUACAUGUCGCAACUAACCGAAUAAACUAACGCAGAGUACUUUGCCUGAGCGUCGAGGAAAUGGUGACGAGCGUUAUCUUCGGUUUCAGUACGUGGCUCCUCUAGCCUCACUCUUGCUGACACCGAGACAGUGGAUUUCCUUUCAAUGUGAUCCGGAUUAGAAAGUCUCACUCAGCGGCAAAGCUGGGGCAAUCCAAGGGUCGGAAGCUCCAUCCACACCACGAGGGCCUUAGGGAACAUGGAAGCAGCAGUGAUCCAGUGACCCCUAUUCUCUCAAGAGGUUGUCGUUGAUGCCAUCGCUUGCGCCGGCUUGAAACCCUCUAGCCCUCUGUUUCCUGGAGGUGGAUCACCACUUUACGAGCACCCGCAGCGCCUGAACGUUGGAGAUUGUAAGCUUUGAUAGCACCCUCAAACCCUUCUUCCCCGACCACUUCAAAGUCCCCUGGCUGCAGCCUGCCUGCCUUGAUCAAUCCGACAAUGACUGCAAAAUCCUUAAUGCCACUCCAAUCGUUAGUGGUAGAGAAGAACUUCUCAGAGCCUUUGCAUGCUUUGAACAGUUCCUCGGCUAGUGUCGGUUUCUCGGCGGCAACAGCAUCGAAAAUCUUGGUGAAGUUGCCGGAUGUGAAGUCCAUGACGAUUUUUAGCUGUUCCUCUAGCGAGGUCUUGUAGUCGAACGGGGCGGCGCCGAGACCUCUGACAAUCCCAGCUGAGUUCUUCGAGCACGAGGCGACCACAUGGUAGCCGCAAGCCAUGGCCAGCUGGAUCGCGCACCUGCCCACGCUACUCGCUCCUCCUAGGACGACAACCCAUUCAUCAUCUUUGAUAGCAGGAAGAUUCGUAGGGUCGGGCAGUGGGAUAUGGAGGCCAUCGAACAAUCCCAAACAGGCAGUCUCGCUGGCCACUCCCAAAGUCGCCGCUUCGACGAGAGAUAUAUUGAUGGGCCUUGGUAUAGUGACACGUGCAUCCAUCAAGAAGAACUCCUGGCAAGUCGAGUAUCCGGGAGAUCCGAGCCUUGUGCAACCAAAGACCUCGUCCCCGGGAUUGAAGCCGUAUUUCGACGAAGCUUCGCUACCCGCCUCGACCACCCUUCCAGCGGCGUCGACGCCGAGUCCAAGAGGCCAUGCCUCGACAAGAAGGCCAGAAGCGCUCAUGAAGGUAUCACUAUGUCAAGAUCAGCAAUGCAGGAAACACUUUGGGCCCUUUGACUCGCCAGAGAGAACAAGAGGUGUUGCGCCACAGACACACUUAAGUCCUUUGGAGCUCUUCAGUUGUUCAGGCGACUUGACUUACACCGGGUUGAUAGCUGUCCAGAUGGACUUGACCAGUACUUGAUCGGUACCUGGGGUGGGCCUUUCCAGAUCAUCCACGACCCUCGGUUCCGCACCGACGGCGGGGAAGACGACUCCUUUCAUAAUGGAAUACUGUUUUGAGGGAUUGAGGUUGGCAAAGCCUCGUCGUCCAACGUCAAUACCGGCCACGAGUUGGUGGGACAUGGCUUCCACUAUAUGGACGCUCCAGACUCCCACGCGGGGGAGCUCGUCCCUAGCAACGGGCGAGGCAGCAAUGGUCAACGUAUGAUGUCCGGUCUGCCUCUCCGGCAUUACAGGGCAGACCUUCACGGGGUUUCAUACUUCAGCAAAUCAAACCAGCGAUUUUCAUGCAGGUCAGGGUCCAGGUUGUGAUGGCUGAGGGGAAUCCAUGUGGUGGUCUGGUGCCACCUCAAGCCGUUCAGCUUUGCAGCAGCGAGACAAACACAAACUUUCAGGUCCAGAACGAGCAUGGCAUCUUACCGGCCACGGUUCUAGAGGCGCGACCUGGCUGAAUACGAAGGGCACCCCUCAAGACUCCCCAAGAGUGGCUAGGGGCUGGUAAUUGGUCAGCAACACUAAGCUUUGUAACCCAUCCUGGAAUUUUGAGCAACGUCUGUGUUACAGGCCGCUGAGGGGAAGCGCCAUGUAGAGUACUAGCUGUCAUGGAACAGCUGCUGAGGUCUAGGAGUUGGCAGCGGUGUGGUUCAGGCAUGGGAUGUGGAAGAAGAAGCUUACAGUCAAGUAAAUGGUUACGAAAUGCAGCUGCUUGGAAACCUACGGCGGACCAUAGUGGACUGAGACUUCCCUUGCGCGGAGCAGACGGAGCUGGAGCUACACCACUACUGCAACCCGUUGCUGGCAGGAAAGUCAAUGUUGCUCAACUUCCUCACUCAACAUUCACCUACGCCGCAUUUUAGACAAUCCUCUUUCCAUAUCCUCUCGGAUUCUUUCGUACACCUUCAUAUGCAGUCCUGAAUUCUCUCUGUGCGUUGUUUCCCCCAGAGAAUAGCUUCCUCCAGCCAUGGCGGGCAGACAGUCUGUCCGGCAGCUCGCCCGCCAAUUGACCUCGUCGCACUGCGCCCAAUCUCAACGCCAUGCACGACGAACAUUUUCCUCUGUAUCGCGGUGCCUAGCCGCGCACAAUUUCAUGAUGCCAGCCAUGUCACCCACCAUGACCGAAGGCAAUAUCGCGACGUGGAAAGUCAAAGAAGGAGACUCAUUUUCGGCCGGAGACGUGCUUCUGGAAAUCGAGACGGAUAAAGCUUCAAUGGACGUCGAAGCCCAAGACGACGGAGUAAUGGCCAAAAUUUUUGCUGGGGAUGGCUCCAAGGGAAUCCAAGUAGGCACCCGGAUCGCCGUGCUCGCCGAUCCAGGAGACGACAUUUCUAGUUUGGAGAUUCCUCCGGACGAUGCUCAGCCUGUCCGAAAAGAAGCGGACAACGUCAAGAGCGAGAGCGGCGCAGGCGCAGGCAGAGAUGCAGACUCGAAAUACGAGACAUCGGGCGUUGAGAAGGAGGUGCCAGGAACACCACAGAACAAACGGCCCGCAAAGGAUAAACCCACGACGAGUCCGACUGGGGCUGGCCAGAAUCCAAAGUAUCCUCUGUACCCGUCGGUCAUUGCUCUGAUCCACGAAAACCACAUUCCAGACGAAGAGGUGAAAAAGAUCCCCGCCACCGGACCGAACGGCCGUCUUCUAAAGGGCGAUGUGCUCGCUUACUUGGGCACAAUUGACCGGGACUAUACUGAGAAACUGGCCAAGCGGCUCGAACACCUGGAACAGUUGGAUCUCAGCAAUAUCAAGAUCCUGCAACCCGCCUCGCCGCCUACUGCCGCCGCCGUCGCAGAAACAGCAGCAACCCCUGCUGCAGCUGAAGAGCCCAAAGUCAGCAGCGUCAGCUUGACGAUUUCUCUCGCCGAGGUGCUCAAAGUCCAACAACGCGUGCAAGAGACGCUGGGAGUGACGGUGCCGCUUUCCAAUUUUCUUGUGCGAGCAGUCGACCUGGCCAACGACGACCUUCCGCGACCAAAGGGGCAGAAACCCUCGGCCGACGAGCUUUUCAAUUCCGUGCUGGGUUUGGACUCGAUCCCCAAAACUUCCCGGGGCGCCUAUCUUCCUCAAAUUGAUGCGUUGCCGGUUGAACGUCAGAGCCACAAGAAACCUACUCCCCAACGACGGCGUUCUGCAACGACUCAAAAGCCAGACAUCAUUGAUAUUUUGUCUGGCCGGGCCACGUCUUCCGCGCCGACAACAACAGCCAGACAGCAGUCUUCCUUUUCCACCACCACCCGUCGUGUCUCUACUGCAGAUGGCGCCUUGAACGUGUUUAGUUUGACCGUCCCUCAGGGCGAGGAGAAGCGUGCCCGCACCUUUUUGGAACGUAUCAAGACCGUCUUGCAGGUUGAGCCUGGGAAGUUGCUUUUUUGAAAAGUCUCGAAAAGAUGUGAUGUGUUUAGUGCAUUGCAUGCACUGCAUGGCUCGCAAAUUGUACUGUACUGUACGUUCUGAUUACUUUACUCCAGUACAGUAGUAGGUGGUUGGUUGGUCGCCUGUGUGUUUCUAGUGCAGGAAUCCAUUGGGAUGGUGGAUUGAGCAGAGCAGAGCAGAGCGUGCAAAACUUAUGCAGUGUUGUAGCCCUUCGAGUUACCUUAUACCUUACUAGUAUUCUAUAGACGGGAGUUGUAUUGUGUCGUGCCAUGCCCCCUGGUUUACCAAGUCUACUGUCAAUUCUUUCUACUCUCAGUACAAUUCAUACGGCGGCGCUUCAAUAAUGGAUGAUGGAUUGGUUUUCUUGAUGGCGACAAUCGCGCCGACUAGACUGGCACAGGCACUGUAACUCUAUUACUCUGCGGUGGGAGAGCUCUGGAAGUCAUUAAAUCGAGUCAAAAAUGCAGAAAAACUACUUCGCCA